ACGAGCUUCAUCCAAGCUCAUCACUUUUAUUGUUUUCCCCCCGCUCGAAUUGUUCAGGCGCAUGCACACUCGCUCUGUCCACACACAGACACCUCGCAUGACCCUCUGAGUCCUCGCCAUGUCCUCUCUCGCAGCUCGUGGUGCCAUUCGUUCCGUGUCUCGCACCGUCCAGCGAUCCCGAACCCCCCUCCGAGCCUCAGCCUUCCUCGCCCAAAAGUCCUUCCAACCUCAAGCAGCCCGAUUCCAACCCUUGCAAGCCACCAGGAUGUUGUCCGCCACUAAUGCCACCCAGUCGGCGGCCCCAGCCUCCAACGAGGUGCAAGAGUUCGACAAGGAAAUCAAGGACAUGGCCGAUUACAUCCACAACACCAAGAUCGAUUCCGACCUGGCGAUUGACACUGCUCGCUUCGUCUUCCUCGACACCAUUGGCUGCGGCCUCAAAGCCCUCGAAUUCCCCUCGUGCCGAAACCUCUUGGGCCCCAUUGUCCCCGGCACCGUCGUUCCCAAUGGCACUCGCGUGCCCGGCACCCCCUACACUGUCGACCCCGUAAAAGGUGCCUUUGACAUUGGUGCCAUGGUUCGAUGGCUCGACUUCAACGACUGCUGGCUCGCUGCGGAAUGGGGACACCCCUCGGACAACCUCGGCGCCAUUUUGUCAGCAGCCGACUACAUCAACCGCGCCAACUCGGCCGGAGGUGCUGGCAAGCUCAACGGCGGCAAGAUCUUCACGGUCCAGGAUGUGUUGGAGGCCAUGGUCAAGGCGCACGAAAUCCAGGGCUGCAUGGCGCUGGAGAACAGCUUCAACAAGGUCGGUCUCGACCACGUCGUCCUCGUCAAGGUCGCCUCCACCGCCGUUGUGUCUCAGAUGCUCGGCCUGGACGAGACUGGCACUCGUGAUGCCAUCUCUCACGCCUGGGCCGACGGGCAGGACCUCCGCACCUACCGUCACGCCCCCAAUGCCAUGUCCCGCAAGUCGUGGGCGGCCGGCAACGCUUGCGAGCGUGCCGUCAACCUCUGCUUCAAGGUGCUAAAGGGCGAGAAGGGCAUGGCCAGCGUGCUUUCCACUCCUACCUGGGGCUUCUACGACGUCAACUUCAAGGGCAAGCCCUUCCAGUUCCAGCGCCCCUACGGCUCGUACGUGAUGGAGAACGUGCUGUUCAAAGUCUCCUACCCCGCCGAGUUCCACUCUCAAACCGCCAUCGAAGCGGCGCAGCGCUUGAACAAGAAGCUGAAGGAGAUGGGCAAGACUGUCGAGGAUAUUGAAGAAAUCACCAACCGCACGCACGAGGCCUGCAUCCGCAUCAUCGACAAGCAAUUCAAGAAGAUGGACAACUACGCCGACCGCGACCACUGCGUGCAGUACAUGUGCUCCGUCAUGUUCGUCUACAACCGCCUGGAGGCCAGCGACUAUAGCGACGACAGCGAGGCGGCCAACUCGCCGAUCGUCGAGGAGCUGCGCAAGAAGAUUAAGUGUGUGGAGGACCCCAAGUUCACCGAAGACUACCACAACCCGGACAAGCGCACCAUCAGCAACGCCCUCACCAUCAAGCUGAAGGACGGCACGGUGCUGGAUGAGGAGGUCGUCGAGGCGCCGCUCGGCCACCGGCUGCGAAGAGAGGAGGCCAAGCCGGAGAUCCUCGCCAAGUUCAAGCGCCACAUUGAGCCGCAUUUCAGCAAGGAGCAUGUGCAGAAGCUGGUCGAUUUGGGCAACGACCCCAAGAAGCUGUAUGCCAUGCCCGUGCAUGAGUAUAUGGAUUUGUUUAUGGAGGAAGUUUUUGUCAGUGUCGAUAGCGAGGUGUAUGUCUAUUCUGGCAAGGCGAUUGGUCUGUACGACUGUAAUUUUUACUUGACUCUGAACGUGAUCAAGCGUCGAGGGAAAGCUGCCAUUCCCCAAAUAGGAAAGUCCGAGAUCGCUUCCGCGCUUCCAAUGACAUCCUCCUCCACUUUCGACCGCUGCGACUUCUCCCCCAAACACACCGGCGCCAACGUCCUGCCAAACUUCUUCCUCUUCAGCAAGCUCGUGCGCCUAGCCCACAAACCUCUCGUGGCAUGCCGCGACCUUACAUUCAACUACACCGCCACCUACGCCCAGCUCUUAACAGACGUACUCCACCUCCGCAAUGUCCUGCGACGCCGGCUGCGUCCCGAUAUCAUCGGCAGCAUCGAUCGCGAAGACGAGGUGUACAUCCUGCUCCUCGGACACGCGGGGUAUGAAUUCACCGUCGGGUUCCUCGCUCUGGUCGCUCUGGGAGUAGCUGUUGUGCCCAUCUCGCCUGAACUUCCGGUUAAAGAGGCUACUUACUUCGCCACGCAGUCCCGCGCCGUAGCGGUGCUCACAUCCGCCAGCUGCUCAAAGCUCGGGAGUGAGCUGGAGACUACCAUCAACAAAAGCAGUGAAAGGUAUUUCCGGUGCUUUGGGAUCAAACCGCACGUGCUGCAACCCUGUCUGGCGCCCGAAAGGCUGCACAUCUCUUCGGACCGCUACAUGGAUCUUAACAAGCCUGGCUUCGUGCUGUUUACGUCCGGCACGACUGGUCCACCCAAAGGCGGUGUCAGGAGGCGAGGCUGCCUUUACGACGUUGCGACUCUCUUCUCAGAUCAGCACGGCAUUCGAGAGGGUGAUGUCGUGCUGCAUACCCUACCUGUGCACCACGCCACGGGAAUAACAGUAACUCUCCUCCCCUUCCUCUGGAGCGGAGGCUGCAUCGAGUUCCGCAGCGGCGGCUUCGACGCAGCCUGGACCUGGGAGCGCAUCCGCCGCGCCGAUCUCGACUUCUUCAGCGGCGUGCCGACAAUGUACAUGCGGCUGAUGCAGUACUACGAGCGCACGCUGGCGUCGCGACCAGAAGUGGGCGAGUACGUGCGAGGCGUCCGCCGGAUCCGAGCCAUGCUUUGCGGGACGUCGGCGCUGCCGAGACCUCUGCAGGCGAAGUGGACUGCUUUGCGGGAUGGCAGGGGCAUUCUGACGAGGUAUGGGGGUACGGAGUUUGGGAAUGCGCUGACUGUUACGCCGUGGUUGUUGGAACAGGGUGUGCCGGAUGGCUCUGUUGGGAUGAAGAGUCCUGGGGCGGAUGUCAAGUUGUCGAAUGGCGAUGAGGGGGAGAUUCUGAUUCGGAAUGCGGUGUUGUUUUCGAAGUACUUGACUGAUGAGCCGGCUACGAGGAAUGCUAUUGAUGCGGACGGGUAUUACAAAACGGGCGAUAUUGCGAGGAGGGAGAAGGGGUGGUAUUUCAUUGAAGGUCGGGCGUCUAUUGAUAUUCUCAAGAGUGGAGGGUAUAAGAUCUCCGCUCUCGACAUUGAGCGCGAGAUUCUUGGACUUGAAUAUGUGUCGGAGGUGGUUGUGGUUGGAGUACAGGAUGAAGAGUACGGACAGCGAGUUGCUGCGGCGAUUGUGCUCAGGGAAGACGUUCGGACACGGCUGAGUAUUGACGAGCUACGGGAGGAUCUGAGGAGCUCGUUGGCCUCGUACAAAAUGCCGACGUUGCUGAGAGUCGUGCCGGCGAUUCCCAAGAAUGCAACGGGAAAAGUGGUGAAGAAGAAGUUGGAACAAGCUCUGAUUUGGCGACGACGAGUGAGCUCUCACGAUUAUGCCAAUCACCAUAUGCCUCUGGACCCCAUCACGUCCGUGGAGGACUGCAGGUGGUACAUGUACGAUAGGGUUACCACUGGAGCCGGGCAGUCUCGUGGUUGUCAUAUCCAGUCUCCACAGCCUUCGCAAAUAAGUCGCUCUUGCCGCAUCCGCGCGCCUUAUUUGAGGAAGCACGACUCUUCAAUAACGACGCGUCCCAGUCUCUUCUUCCAACUUUCGCUGGCUACACUCUUCACAUACAUCCAACAAACAGACCCUCCAUAUCCUUGCACUCUUCCCAUUCUCUACUUCCGCCAUUCACUGACUGUACUCUUCCCAUUCAUUCAGCAAGCAAGCCAUCUUCUUCCCAAAAUGAAUGUGACUGCGAGCGGCGACGAGAUCCUAGUCGCAUACAAGCCUACGUCUCGCCAGGCUGCCAUCCUGCGCGAGUACUUUAGCGCCUUCGAGCGACAUGCUCAUCGAAUCGACCAUCGAGAUAGGGUUUGCGAGUUUAGGAUAGGAAUAAGAUGCGAAGUACCCAGGAGUGCUCUAGAAUUCACCAUGAGCCUCUCUCACCGUGCUUGUCGACUGGUUGCAGUUGGAAGACGGCAGAGAACUCUGGAAGCAGUGACUGUGUACACUGGGUGGCUCCAGAAGGAAAAGGCUGUCGACCGCGAGGAUGUCUUCAUCGUCCAUUACGCUGGUUUCCCCAUUCCAGACCUCACUAUCGACGGGUUUGAGCCAUCAAGCAUUUCGUCCCUCUCUCCGCUCGAGCAGAGCAGGCAUGAAAUUAUGUCGGAGUCCAUUCGUGUUCCGCGAGCACAGUUGAAAUCUGAGACGCACACUCCACUGGCCGCUAAUGAAGGUCCCCUCUACGACGUCCUUUUCUUCUUCAAACGCACUCCAUCCCAGCGGAUCGUCACCAAAUUCCUGGCAAGAGAUCCUGCCGUCCAGCGUGCUGCAAGCCGACUAGCUGCAACACCAAAUGCUGAGCCAAUCACAGCUACCGUACCCGUGCUUUGCUACGACUCCAAGAAUGGCGGCCAAUGCAGGGUCCUCCUCUCGGGAUACCUCGGUGAAGCCAUUCUGAUGAACGAACGGAUCACAUGCAUGCUCACCCCCAACUCUGAUGUCUUUACCGAUGCCAACCGCCACUGCCGCCUCCUGCCUGGCUACGUUGCCCCUGCCGGCACAUCGCUGUCCAAAGUAGCUCACCUCAAUCGCUACGAGCUUAUUGACGACUUUGGAGAUUAUGGGUACGAUGUCCCUGCCGUUGAAGAUGCCGUUCUGCAACGAGAUUGCGUCGAAAAACUCGCGUUCUACGGACGGCACUGCAAUGUCGACAUGAACGCCGUCAACGCCGCCGUCAACGAGAUGCCAAUCCCGCCGACUUUUGGGAGGCUCCGCGCUGCCCUCGACAAGCUCGAUCAGGCCGCUACGAACUUAUAGAGCCAGAGCCGUUGGCUCUUAUCCUGAAUCUUUUUCGGAGUGGUGGAGGCAAACAGGUGUAACUGCUCAUAGAGUUCAAGGCUGCGGCAAACGCUCUUGCCUCGAAAAGGCGUCAAGGCGUCAGAGCUAGUGAAGCUAGCGGCGCGGCCCGACAUGCGCUGCCGACCUAGUUUAAACCUGCAUGCACAACAACGAG